ACAAGAAUUCAUAAAACAAGCAGAGAACAGACUACGCCGUUCAUAUUUAGGAACUAUCCCAUCUAAUUUCUCUCCAUCAUGGGCGCUCAAAGUCACAUGGUUUGAAAUUCCACAGAGGCCAGCAGACCCAUCGGUUAACAGAAGAAACACAUUCCAAGCUGUUCUUCUAACCGAUGGACUUUACAGCUUUGCAAUAAAUUUCUUUGAAGAACGACGUAUGCUUUGGGAUUCCAAUCUAGUUUUCUUAAAAGAUGCUAUUUUGGGAUACAACAUUGCAAAUUUUAGUUUUGAAAACUUCCAGCUUCAACAACCGCUUGUAAGCGAUGUGUAUAGGCCAGAUCUGGUCCUAGGGAAUACCAAUGAACAUGGUCAGUGGAUUUUUCGUUUGGAGGACAAUACAGAGAAUACUGUCAACCCCAAAAAGCGGUGCUUAGACUGGUAUAUAGAGGAUUCAUCAAGUUUCUUUAACCCAGUUGGUCUGGGUACCUGCCCAUGUACACUGCGUCAGGCUCUGAGAGAUGGAAGAUAUCGUAUUCGACUUAGAAUAACAAUUGCUUCAACCCCAAGUUAUAUCUUACCUCUUCUGGCUGAUCUAGGCAUAUCGAACGAUCUGUUUGUAACUGUUGUAAGGCUCAUAGACUUGGCUAAGUACUACACAAUUUGCUUCCAGUCGUCGACAUUUAACAUCUAUUUAUCUGGUACCGAAUGUUGUUAUCGAUGGAGUUUUUUUAGGUUUUUCAACUUAGGUUUUCUAAACAGAGGCUACGUUGGAAUUGGGGCAAGCAGUUUCUCAUUUCGUUAUGGCUACACAUUCGGACCUUGGUUUCUUCCAUAUCAAUAUGUCUACCAUAUUUCUUCCGAUGUUAUGUCUCAGUAUUAUUGCUGCUAUGCCUCUAGUAGUGAAGAACUUUGCCAAAUGUACUACGAACGCCGGCCUGCAGCAUCUUGCCAGUUUUACAGACCUCCACGGUGGUCUUGGUUCUGGGGCGAUCCUCACAUAUCCACUAUCGACGGAUACCAGUAUACAUUUAACGGUAAAGGAGAAUACAUGUGCACCGAUAUCAACGACGGAACGUUUCAGUUGCAAUGCCGUAUGUCAGAUCCUAUUUCUGAAGCAGAUGCAGAUGCGACCAUCUUCAGUGCAUUUGUUGGGAGACACACUGGAGAAAGUGCCACUUAUGUUCAAUUCACCUUAAGUGAUAACGGGACUGACAUCAGUGUUCUUGUUAAUGGAACUGAAGCAAUAUCACUCGAUACACUGAGGAACGGUGUCUGGAAUGAUAACAAAACAGAUGACUUAUGCUCCAAAAGUAAUGUGUGUCUGGAUACAAGUACGAACCUAUCUGAAUCUGAUAUAUUUGAUACCUGUAACACAUGGAGGCUUACAGAGGAAGAGUCAGCAUUUGUCUACAAGGAAGGAGAAAGUUACUCGAAUGUUAAUGAUGAAAGUUUUCGGCCAAAAUUUCUAGAUGAACUGUUAGAUACAGCAAAACCUGCUUUACUAGAUGAGGCCAACUCCGUUUGCGGCAACAAUCAAGAGUGUUUGUUUGAUGUUUUAGCUACACAAAAUAUAAAUAUCGGUGAAAGUACGAGGAUUACAAACGAAAUAAAUAGCAAUGAUAGAGAGAUCUUAGAAAAUAUACCACCAGUGAUAAAUCAAAUUAUUGAUAUGAGCGAAGAGAGUGUCUUAACUGAUGGCUUCAAACUUAGUGUGCGUGUAAAUCAGACAAUUGUUCUACGAGUAAACGCAUCUGACGAGAAUGAGGGUGAUGUCUUAAACUAUUUUAUUGAAAAUGAAAUUCCCGGAUCAAAUAUAACGAAUGAAACUGGACUUUUCACUUGGAAACCAACCUCAAUUGAUAUAGUUGAUCUAGUAUUUGAAGUCAGUGAUGGGACACAGAGCAUAGCUAAGUACAUGGAAGUCAAAAUUUGCGCAUGUGUGAAUGGCGGCGUGUGUGACUAUGACGCUCUGGUAGAAGGAUCCGAUCUUCCAAAUAACAGAUUUGCGGUUGUGCAGUGUACCUGCUCACCUGCAUGGACAUCAUUCGAUUGUUCUGAAGAUUACGAUGCCUGCAUGGAUGACCCCUGCUUUACUGGUGUCAGCUGUAAAGAUCAUAUGGCACCAGAAGUGAAUGCAACGUGUGGUAACUGUCCUGCGGGCCUAGUGGGAAACGGUAUUAAGUGCUACGAUAAUGACGAGUGUUCAAACGGUCAAGACCAAAUUGAGGGAGCUCUUUUCUGCGAGCAUACUGAGUUGUGUGUGAAUACAUUGGGAAGCUAUGAGUGCAGUUGUCGAUCUGGAUAUGAACUGCAUCCGAAUGAAAAAGAAUGUACAGAUAUCAAUGAAUGCGAUCGCUCUACGGAUAACUGUGCCUCCACUGCUGAAUGCAGUAAUACUAUAGGAUCCUACAAUUGUACAUGUAACGAAGGCUACGAGGGCAAUGGCAUUGAUUGUACUGAUAUUAAUGAAUGUUUCACUCGUGCAAACCCAUGCAGUCUCACUGCUGACUGCUUUAACACCGACGGCUCUGUAUAUUGUGUUUGUAAAAAUGGAUACUCUGGCAAUGGAAUUGUUUGUGAUGAUAUAGAUGAAUGCCGCCAAGAAACGAGUGACUGUGAUAAAAAUGCUGACUGUACAAACACUGUUGGUUCCUAUAUGUGUACCUGUAAAGACGGCUUUGAGGGUAACAGUACACACUGCUUUGACAUCAAUGAGUGCAUUGAGAGAGCUCUUGACUGUCAUCCGAAAUCCAAUUGCACCAACAGCAUUGGUAGUUACACAUGCGCCUGUCCGACAGGUUACCGCGGUGAUGGUACCGAAUGCUUUGACGUGGAUGAAUGCAAUUCUGGUAAUGGAACAAAUAUAUGCGCAGUAUCAGCAACGUGUACAGACACUCAGGGAAGUUACAUGUGCGGAUGCAAUGAAGGGUUUAUUGGAAAUGGUGUCCAGUGCGUCGAUAUUGAUGAGUGCACUAUUGGAACUGAUGGAUGUCAGCAGGAUUGCCUCAACAAUAUUGGCUCAUACACCUGCGCAUGCGCAGCUUCCUUUUCACUUUCUGAUGACCAACAUUCUUGUACACCAUUGGCAGGAAUGGAAUGUACUGGUUCAAACCCAUGUGAUUCGUCGGCUAAUUGUAUCCAUAAUGCUGAUGGUAAUCCAAGUUGCUACUGUGACAGUGGUUAUCAACUGAGUAAUAACGACACCGCCUGUGAAGAUAUAGACGAAUGUACAAAUGGUGAGAACUCAUGUGACGAUACCAUUGGUUUAUGUACCAAUAUGGAUGGAAGCUAUAUGUGCAGUUGUUCACCGGGUUAUGAGCUACAAAAUGACCUUAGGACAUGUCAAGAUAUUAACGAGUGUUUAAACAGCAGUAUAUGUAUCGCCAAUGCCGAAUGUGUCAAUGGACAUGGAAACUAUAGCUGUAGUUGUCUUGAUGGAUUCAAUGGACCACGGUGCGAAAAUAUUGACGAAUGUACAGAUAACCUACACGAUUGUACUGGGAAUUCCGAGUGUAGAGACCAAGAAGGCAGUUAUAUAUGCGUUUGUCAAAUGGGAUUCACCGGUAAUGGAAGAACGUGUAUAGAUGAGAACGAAUGUUUGUCGAUGGGUACUUGUCAUAGCCUGGCAACUUGCACCAAUACUAUUGGAUCUGUUAAUUGCACAUGUCCGGAUGGUUACAGCGGAGACGGCGUUACAAGUUGCACAAAUAUUGAUGAAUGCAGUAAUAUUAAUAAUCUGUGUCACGACAAUGCCAACUGUACCGAUACGCCUGGAUCAUACACGUGUGCAUGCAUAGAAGGCUACCGUGGAGACGGGUUCGAAGCAUGUGACAACAUUGAUGAAUGUAGCGAUCAGCCUGAUAUUUGUCAUCAACAAGCAACGUGCACGGACAACAUAGGCUCAUACACAUGUCUAUGUAAAGUGGGUUUUGACGGAAACGGGUUCAUUUGUGAGGAUAUAAACGAGUGUGCCCUUGAUACGGAUGAGUGCGACGUCAAUGCGCGUUGUAAUAACACAGUGGGAUCGUUUACGUGCUUCUGUAACAUUGGCUAUGUAAGCACUGAAGGAGGGAACGCUCGAAAUGGCACUUGCAACGAUUACGACGAGUGUGAAUACCGAAUUGAUAAUUGCCAUGACUUUGCUACAUGUACAAAUACUGUCGGAUCAUACACUUGUGGAUGUAAAAGUGGAUUCACUGGAGACGGCUACAAUUGCGAAGAUAUAGAUGAAUGUGAUCAACAGGUUAAUACAUGUGAUAUUGAAGCGAAAGAGCGAUGUGUAAACACUGAGGGCUCCUACUAUUGCACCUGUCAAACCUUUUAUUUCAACAUUAGUGGCCAAUGUCGAGCAUCAGCAUCGAAAACGCUAAUGGUUGAAUUCUUGUACAUCAAAGGAUUGAGCGUGACAAUGUUUCAGUUUGAUUUUGAUGAAACUUCAGUGGCAUUAGCAAAAGAUAUGGAUACUCUUUUCCGAAUGAGUGCUAUUAAAGAUCAAUAUUUCGGCACUGAAACUGCUGCAUUUUAUAAUGCAACCGAUGGCUUAGGCGUCUCCUUUAUCGUCAGUUUCGAUAAAGAUUUAAACAUUACGGACGAACAGUUACGGCAAGUAUUCUUAAAUGGGUUAACAGGCAGUAAUAUGGACUUCUUGGAUCCUGACAAUCAGGUGCAUGUAACUGAUGUUGAAGUUAUGGAACCUGAUAUCAAUCCCUGCUUUGAGAGCACAGACGACUGUGUACAGAGACUUUUCCAAGAUUGCAUUUUUUUAGGCCACGAGAAAUACGAUUGUCAAACCUGUUUCCACGGCUACAUACUAAAUGAAACCAGUGAUUCAUGCGUGGACGAUGAUGAAUGCGCCAAAGAGACUUUCGAAUGUCCAUCUGGUUUUAAAUGUAAUAAUACUUAUGGCGGCUACGAAUGUGUCUGUCUGUCAGGAUUCAUCAUUGAAGACAAUGCAUGUAUUGACGAUGAUGAAUGCGCCAAAGAGACCUUCGAAUGUCCAUCUGGCUUUAAAUGUAAUAAUACUUAUGGUAGCUACGAAUGUGUCUGUCGGCCGGGAUUCAUCCUUGAAGACAAUGCAUGUAUUGAUGAUGAUGAAUGUGCCAAAGAGAUCUUUGAAUGUCCAUCUGGUUUCAAAUGUAAUAAUACUUAUGGCAGCUACGAAUGUGUCUGUCUGCCGGGAUUCAUCAUUGAAGACAAUGCAUGUAUCGAUGAGAAUAGCUGUUUACGAAGUCCAUGUCCAUCAAACGCAGACUGUAUCAAUAUAAAUGGCAGUCAUACCUGUCAAUGCCAAUUGGAAGGAUAUUCAUUUGAUAAUGGCACAUGCGUUGAUAUAGACGAAUGCUUGAUAAAUCCAUGUAAAGUAUUAGAAAACUGUACUAACACAGAUGGCGGUUUCUCUUGUGAGUGUGCGACGGGAUUUGAACGUGAUGCUAGCCGAGUUUGCGCCGACAAAGACGAAUGCUUAGAAGAUCCGUGUGGUGGAGCUAACGAAGAAUGUCUGAAUACGGUUGGCAGCUUCACUUGCGAAUGCGUUUUGGGAUAUGUUUUUCUUGACGGUGCAUGCUUAAGUGGAAAAUCGUUUCGUGGGAAAAUACUUGUUGUUGAAGUGAACGGAUCAAAGGCGUUGGCAGAAUGGGAUGAAGCGUUGGCAGAUAGCUCAUCAACCAAGUUUAAACUUUAUGCCAAACAAAUGUGUACGAUAAUAGACGAUGUGUAUGGUACUCUAUUAGAAACGGCAGCACAUUUUUACGCCUGCACUAUACUUGGCUUCUUGGAGAGCAGUAUUAUUGUAGUUUACCAACUCGAUUUCUAUACUAGGACAACCAGUGAUGGUAAACAGCUAUUAGAAAUGCUCCUACAGAAAGCGGAUAAUGACAGUCGCUUAUAUUCAACAGAUUCCAGAAUAAAUAUUACAAUUGACCUAAAUUAUGAAUAUGUAGGGGAAGAUCUUCCUAUUAAUUGCACUGAGUAUUGCUAUAAUGGUGGCGAGUGUAAAAUCGAUGACUUACUCGAGCGAUCGUGCAGUUGCUCUGAAGGCUUUGCUGGGGAUCUUUGUGAAGUAAAAGAAAUAACAGAUGAUAACACUUCUGAGGCAUUUUUAGUAGUGAUGUUUUCCAUCGUUAUUGCACUACUACUUUUCGUACUGGCUUUCGUCUGUGUUCUUGUUAUUGCAAAGAAGCGGAGGGCUAAUCGUAAGCGACCACUCAGCGGAGUCGUCGUACGCAAUCAAGCCGCAAACCUACCAAGACUUUCUUCGAGUUUCUAUGAUUCAGUUUCAAUCGCAUCGUCGGCUACUGACAGUGACACAAGAAUUGAUCAUCUUUCCAGGGUUAUACGAAACACAGUGUAUCUUAAUAAGCACCUGAGCUCAUUGGCAGACUAUCAACUGGAAACACAGUCUGAAAACUCUGAAUUUAUACGACCAUUCGUUGCAACCGGUGAUGAGGCCAGCAGUUUCCAGUCGAAUUCAACAUCACCAUGGUCAAAUGAACAGUUAAGUUGGUCAAGAAGUCUUGCAGACAUGGAUCGGUAAUUUCAGCAGCUGAAGAUAUUUUUAAAGAUAUUAAUUAUAUAUUAUAUGUUAUAGCAUUAUUUGUUAUAGUCAAAUUCUCACAUUUGACAAUUCAUAAUCAGAUUUUUUUCAAAGCUUUUCAUAAAACAGUAUCUAAUGUAUUAGAUACUGUAUUAUUAAGGCAGUUUCUUCAAAACAUAGUGUUUAUUCCUUUAUGCAUAUUUAUAUAUGAUAUGGAUUAUGUAUUAUAUACCAUUAUUAUUUUUCUUAGUCGAAUUUGACGAUUCAUAAUCUAAUUUUUUUUUUCUGAGAUUUUGCUUUAAUUUUAUUGAAAAAAACUAGAUAAUUAUAUACUGUAAUAUAAAGUAAAAUAACAUCAAAUAUAUAAUAUAAAAGAAUAUGGUAAAUGAAAGCAAUGCUUUGCUACAAUUAUAUGCGCCGCUCUUUGCACUAUUAAGGCAGUUUCUUUAAUAUAUAGUGUUCAUACUUCUACGCAUAUUUAUAUAUGAUAUUAAUUAUAUAUUAUAUAACAUAUAUUAUUAUUUGUCUUAGUAGAAUUCUCACAUUUGAAAAUUCGUAUGCAAAUUCUUCAGAGAUUUUGCUUUUAUUUUAUUUAAAAAGCUAGAUAAUUAUAUAAUAUACAGUAAUAUUAUUGUGAUGGACCCCUCUGGAAAUAAGUCCCUAAUAGGGACUUAGAGGGUUAUCCGAAUAUCUCUUUUUCGUUGUUUUGCCUAUUUUUCGUCUGUCAACGAGAUUUCCUAUGUCUGUAUGUAAUUUAAAAGAUAUUGAAUAAAUCAAAUCAAAUUAAAAUCAAAAUAAUAUAACAUCAAAUAUAUAAUAAAUAACAAGUAGGUAAAUGAUAGAAGUACUCUGCUACAAUGAUAUACAUGUAUAUAUUCAAUAUAUAUUUUUUAUACUUAUACGCAUAUUUUACCUACCAUAUUAUAAUA